AUGUCCGGGGCUGCCCUGUCCCAUCCCAUGCUUGCAGACUCGGACGACGGAGAAGAAAUUGAGCUUCUGAGAGCCACAAGUAAUGGUUUCCUAAAGGCAGUGGAAGACGAAGACCACGUGCGCACCCCCUCACGUACACACUCACUACUGAUCACAGCCACCUACGACAGCGAACACGACACCAGGGACGUAGACGACUACGGCGAGGGUGCACUGAGUAGUGAUGUGGAGUCCUGCCCCAGAAAACAGGUGCAGGUGCAGACCAACUCCGCGAGAGGUCAGAGCGCCAAAGUACUGGUUCGGCCACGCGAUAGCAAGUGUAGUAGUGUGGGCUUGGCUGGGUACGGCCACCCAAGCAAACCUCACCCGCAGCAGACUCAGGCUGUCAAGGACGCAGUGAUGGUGCGCUCAUCCUCUCCGCUUGCACGCCCCACGCACGGUCAGACCCCCCAGAUACACCCCCCCACCCACACCAGCAUCAGCAUACAGGCCACCCAUACCAUCGACACACCCACUACCAGUGGCAGUGGUAGGAGUGCAUCGCCUACCAACACAUCUGUCCAGACACACGUGACACUACCCGCCUCUGGUACACACACGGUAGCUUCGGCGUUCUACCUGGAAACCGAUCCGGAAUCAAGCGCCCACGACCAUACCGGGACCAAUGAGCCGCGCACCGCUCCCCACACGACAGUGGACAAUAAACGAGGACAAGGAAUAACGGUGGCGGAGGUAGGUAGACCGUUGCGUGGGAGUAUUCGCAGCACGAGUGAGAGUGACUUGGCUGCCAUGGCAGCCGCCCUGCCCACCGCCAGUGCGGUUAAGCGUCGACCCAAACCACAGCCAAUGCGAUGCAGCGCGCCAAGUCUAACACAGUCGCAGUUGCGGAUGUUUAAGCAAGGCUUGGCCAGAGGGCAGGAUGACAGCGACGUGUCAGAUGACAGCACAGGCCACCACGACGCGGAAUGGCUCAGAGACGAGGCGCUGAGGAAACCGCUGGUGCUGCGGGGGGGGGACUUUGUGGUGGAGCCGAUUGUGGGCCACUGCGCCGAAGGCAGUCAGUAUCAACUGGACAUCCGCAACAACACCGGCUUCUACCAGAGCUAUUUCUUUGGCAAAGAGCAUGUCAACUACUUUGCCAUCGACCAGUACCUGGGUAAGCUGGUCAUCUCCAUCCGCAAGGAACGCGUGCGCAGCAACGACCCCAACAUGAAGGAUGCGCAGUACAGAGUGUGUUUCCGUUCGGAAAUGAGUGAGGACGAGAAUUUAGUCAUACCCGACACCUGGGUCAAGGGGUGGAAGAAGAGCAAAAGAGCAAGCAUGGCCACAAGUAAGGUGGCUAUACGCGAUGUGAUCAACUUUGCCUUACCCAGACUACAGCUACUGACCAAGCUCACGGCACCAGCGUCUGAAAAGGAGUCUCUGGGUGCCAAUCUGUCCAUGCUUUUGCUGGAUAAGGAUGAGCUCAUUAAAGCCUACAAAUUCGGAGUGAUGUAUUGCAAGGAGGGCCAGACAACGGAGAAUGCCAUGUUUGCAAACGAGCACGGCAGCGAGCACUACAACGACUUCUUGGAGUUGAUUGGCUCUAAAGUGCGGUUGAACGGCUUCAAAUCCUUCCGCGGGGGAUUGGAUGUCAAAGGGGAUACGACCGGAAAGUACUCCGUCUUCACCUUCUGGAACAAUCUCGAAAUCAUGCUGCAUGUCAGCACACUCCUGCCAUUCCAGGCAGACAACGAGCAACAGCUGUUUCGCAAAGCACACAUUGGCAACGACAUCGUGGUGCUGGUGUAUGUGGAGGGCGAUGCUGUCUUCGACCCUGCUGCACUGGUGGCGCAGUUUCCCCACGUCUUCAUUGUGGUCAGAUUAGAGCGCACUGAGCCGACCAGAAGAUACCGAGUGGAGGUGGCCGCCAGAAAAGGGGUGCCUGAAUUUCUGCCCCAAGUCCCAAUGUAUUUUGAACACGACAGCAAACUGCGCGACUUCAUCCUUUCGAAAAUGAUCAACGGAGAGAACGCGUCAUACAAAGCACCGAAGUUCAGGAAAAUUAGGCAACGCACCCGCAGGUUACUACUCAACAAUCUAUUCGACGAGUUUAUGCCUGGGCUCAGUCCAAAGUGACCGGCGCUGUCCUGAAAGUAUAGGUCCGCUAACACAUUGUAUGAGCCCCCACAGGCAUUUAGCUAAACCCCAAAACCCAGCCAGCCCUAGCAGAAGUGAUGGUUGGAACGAAGACACCUUUGUUUGUAAAUAAAUACUCCAUGCCCUGCAGACGGACUAUGGGAGUGCACUCUUGUGC